AUGGUUGACUUCAACCUUUCCAACUCCGAACAGCAAACAAGAGCAGCAGCGCGCAGCUUCGCCGCUGCCCACUUAGCUGGCGCUCAAGCAAUAUAUUCAGACCUCGCAACACCCGAAGAGCGAUUUCAAAGUCUCCGACCCAUCUAUGCGGCCGCGGUCAAGGCCAAUCUCAUCAAGGCCCAGGUGCCGGCGCAGAUCGGGGGCAGCAGUACUAAUUUGGUUGAGGCUGCUAUCUUAGUAGAGGAGUUCUACGCCGUCGAAGCAUCCGCUUCAUUAACCAUUUUCGGAACCGGACUGGGCUUGACUCCGGUCGCGCUGGCUUAUCGGCCUUCCAUUCAGAAAUUUCUGGAUCCCUUCCUUGCAAGCGAGGGGGCACCGCUUGCUUCGUUGGUGUUUUCGGAGCCGGCUGGCGUAGCAAAUUGGCUGGAACCUGGAGCGCCUGGAUUGCAAACAACAGCACGCCGGGAGGGAGACGAGUGGGUUCUGAACGGUGAAAAGAUAUGGGCUACCAACUCCGCAGGCUGGGACUUUCGAGGCGCCGAUCUGAGUUGUGUGGUGUGUCGAUGCGUUGAUGAGGACGUGGUUGCGCAGGCUUCAUGUCCUCAGGACCUCAUCAUGAUUCUGCUGGUUACUCGGGAGAAUAUCCACAGAAACGGACCGGACAGCUUCCAGGUCAUCAAGCAUGUUGAGACGGCGGGACACAAGGCCACCUCAGGUCCUCAUAUCAAGUACACAAACCUCCGAGUCCCAGUCGAAAACGUCCUCUGCGCGCCAGGCGCCGGUGCUCCCAUCGUGCUACACUCCUUUGAGAUCUCGGCAAUGCUCGUAGGAGCAAUGGGCGUCGGGGUCCAACGAGCCGCAUUCGAUGCGGCCCUGGCAUUCUCUCACGAUUCACGCGGGGGCACCGUCCCCAUCGCUCAACGUCAAUCCGUCGCGGACCUCCUGAUCAACAUCAAAAUGCGAACAGAGACAUCGCGGUACCUGACGUGGAAAGCAGCACACUGUUUGACGUCGGGUCCUGGCGAGCAUACGCAGCGGCGGGAGCACGCACUGCUGGCCAAGGUACAUUGUUCCGAUGCAGCGGUGCAGUCGUGUCUAGACGCGAUCAACGCGGUGGGGGUCUCUGCGUAUAACCUUGAAACGCCGUUUGCUUCCCUCCUCGCUACUGCGCUUGUCCUGCCUAUUUUUGACGGAGGGAAUGUGGGGAUCCGCAGACGGGCACUGCAGGAUUUGUUCCUUGAAGAAGGAUAUCAGCCGUGGGGAACGACAUGCAUUCGGUGUCAGGAUCUCAUUGCCGGGGAGAUGCAGGCUACUUAUGGCGUCUUCGCUGGUGUCUUCGUGUCUUUCGCCGUCUUAGUGCGCCGCAGCCAUGGCCAUGCGUUUUCGGGAAGCCUUGAAGCAAGGUACGUCCACGCCGUCCCCUGGCUGGAAUCCCUAACGCAGAUCCUAUGGCGAUGCCUCAUCGGACCCGGCGUCUUUGAUGGGAUCUCAACACGCGUUGCAAGCCAGAUAGGAUUCGACUCUCUGUACCUGGCCGGCAGCGGGGCGACGGGCUUGUACUGCGCCGAACCCAACCUCUUUGCCAUGACCCAGGCAGAGUUCUUCGAGCUAGGGCGCAUGGUCGCGCUGCACACAGAGAUACCUGUCAUUGCCGAUGCGGAUACAGGUUUUGGCGGACCGCUGAAUAUCUCUCGCACCGUGAGACUGUAUGAGCACGCGGGAAUCGCGGGGCUCCACAUUGAAGGCCAGGUCUUUCCCAAGCGGUGUGGCCAGCUACAAGGCAAAGACGUCGUGGACUUGGAAGUCUUCAUUGAGCGCGUUCGCAGCGCAGUCGAGGAACGCCAGGAUCCGGACUUUGUCAUCAUCGCGCGAACGGAUGCACGGCAAGCCAAGAAGUUUGGCGGUCCAAACGCCGGAUCGGAGGCCUUCGAUGCAGAUAUCAAGCGGCUCAAGGCUGCUGCAGCUGCAGGGGCCGAUAUGGUCUUCAUGGAAUCCCCGCGCACCGAGGAGGAGUGUCGGACCUUGGUCAAGGAGAUGGGAGUUGUACCCAUUCUGAUCAAUGUUCUUCCCAAUGGUCUCACGCCCGACUUGAAGCCAGAAGAGUGCAAUCGGCUGGGCUUUCGGGCUGCGAUCUACCCGUGUACUGGAUUUAUUCCAGCGAUGCUGGCCAUGUAA